AUGUACAAGGAGUCGGGUUACUGGGACGCCCGGUAUGCGGAGGAGCGGCGCCUCCCCGGGGGACACGAGUGGUUUGGGGGUUAUCGGGACUUUGCACCCCUGGUGAGAAGAGAGCUGCGGCCCGGGAUGCGAGGACUGGUGCUGGGAUGUGGUACCAGCUCAUUGAGUGUUCAGCUGCACAAGGAAGGAGUGAGUCCACUCUUUAGUAUUGAUUACUCUCCAGUAUGCAUAAUGGAGAUGGCACAGAGACAUGCAGAUGUGCCAGACAUGAACUGGAUGGUUAUGGACGCUCGGCAGCUGCAGUUUCCUGGUGGGACAUUUGACCUGGUUAUUGAAAAAGGCACUCUUGAUGCUAUGAUGGUGGAUGAGAAAGAUCCAUGGACAGUUACCCAGGAAACUACCAGCCUAGUAGAUGAAGUGCUGAGUGAGGUUAGUCGUGUCCUCACUCCCAGCGGUUGCUUCAUCUCUAUAACGUUCUCACAACCACACUUUCGCAUACGUCACUAUGCACAACCUCAGUAUGACUGGUCUGUGUCUUAUGACACCUAUGGAAGAGACUUCCACUAUUUCCUCUAUACUAUGCAUAAAGGGAGACGUUUGACGCCCUGUGAUCUUGAGAAGGGCCAAAGUCUUCAGAAACCUUAUGUUCAGGAGCAAGUAUCAACUCUUCUAGAAUCUGACAAUGAGGAUUUCCUUAGUAACAUCCAAAUAUGACUGUGAUGGGCAGGAAGCGUAAACCUCAAUGGCUAAUGGGUCUUGUAGUGUGAAAAAAAAAAAAUUCUGAAAACUGUAAGGAAGAGAGGAAUGAAUUUUUAUUGUUUUUUUUUUACAUUUACAAAAAAAUAAAUAAAUAAAUUAAAUAAAAAAAUAAUAAUAUAUAUAUAUAUAUAUAUAUAUAUAUAUAUAUAUAUAUAUAUAUAUAUAUAUAUUCUGUAUAUAAUGUGUUUAUAAUUGUGCCUAUGCCGACGGCAGAGUGCCUUUAUAGUAAAAGUAUCCUAGCAUU